AAGUGGUUAAAAUCUGUUGGAUUUUGCCCGCGCAGGUUCAAAUCCUGCUGCCGACGAAUUUUUAUCUACAUCGAAUUAUGUUUGUUCAUUUUCCCUAAAUAUUCCAAACCACUGCAAUGUGAUGAAAUUGAAAUUGACAAUGUCGAACCCAGAAUUAAAACUUUUGAUGAUUUCACUUCAUCGCAUCUCUUGGGUCACCGUCAGGUCUUUCUAUAAGUGGGUAUCAAAGACCUUAGAACUGGAAACCUCCAUGGGCUAGAGACAGAGUGGAGCAUCUGAUUCGAGCGGCUUUAUAAAGUACUGCUCCUUCGUUAGAAUACCUGCAGAACAAAAAGUAUGGUGGUGGAACGAAUCGAAUUUUGCUGCCAUUUUCCAUGUUAUGUGUAAAAUGAGCAAGGAAAAGAGUGGGAUAUAACAUCUAAUCAUGUAUGUUUUGAUUACAUGGCUAUCCAAAUUUUCGAGUAAAGCAUAAUGCCAGAGGUAUGCCAAGCUAUGAUUAGGGUUGAAGUUAAGAUUCGAUAAUAGUUCCUCACUUUUGUUCUUCAGAUCAUAUGACAUAUGGCAUAUGGCAUAUCUUGGCCAUCAUUAGUCAUUGAUUGUGCUACCUAGUUAAAAAUGAACAGCAUAAUCCAAUGUGGAUAUUGUAGGCUAGAACAUUUUACCACCAAAAGGGCUGGUAUUGUUUGUUGCUCAAGAUGCCAUACCGUAAUUCCUAUACAAACAUGUGAAGUCACAAACUAUACUAAUAUUCUGAAGAACAGAACUUGGAAAGAUCCUCAGCUGCAAAAGAUCAAAAGUUCUAGUCUGAACCUUGGCACUUAUAGAAAUGGCAACCUUGGAAGCACUUCAGGACCAUCUGAAUAUAAGGCUCUAGCAAGCCAAUGGCCAAAAGCUUCUUUUACAAUAUUAAAUGCAUGCCCUAGAGGUAUCUCUGCAGCAAGGAUUGGGAAACGAGCAUUAAUCUGUGGCGUGAGCUACAAGAAGCAGAAAUACAAGCUGAGAGGAACUCUCACUGAUGUCUACAAUAUAAAGCAGCUUCUUUUGAAUCGAUACCAUUUUCCUGAGAAUUCAAUUAGAGUCCUUACAGAGGAAAGUGAUCUUGAUCGAGUGCCUACUAAAGCAAACAUGGAAGAAAGCUUGAGAUGGCUUGUUGAAGGAAGCAAACCAGGGGAUUCACUGGUAUUUUAUUUCUCUGGACAUGGUUUGCGUCAACGUGAUUUUGACAAUGAUGAGCUUGAUGGAUUUGAUGAAACACUGUGCCCUGUUGACUUCAAGACUGAAGGAAUGAUCUUUGACAAUGAUAUCAACACCAUGAUAGUUAAACCUCUAAUCAAGGGGGUAACACUCCAUGCGAUCGUUGAUGCUUGUCAUAGCGGAACUAUCCUUGAUCUUGAGUACUUGUAUGAUCUGACUGGGAGGAAGUGGUUGCACAAUAGACCUCCUUCUGGAGCUAAGAAGUGUACAAGGGGAGGUCGUGCCAUCUGUUUUAGUGCCUGUCGUGAUGAUGAAAUGGCUACUGACAGCAAUGCUUUUACUAAAAAGGGCAUGAGUGGUGUCAUGACGUAUUGUUUCAUCCAAGCUAUACUUAAUAAACCAAAGUUGACGUACUCUGAACUCUUAUAUUCUGUGCGUAAGUCUAUUCUGGAGACCUUUGCAUCAAGAUGCAUCAGUUCAAAGCUUAUUGAUAAGUUGUUACACCGCGAAUUAUCACAGGAGCCACAACUGUCUUCUUCUGAAAUAUUCGAUGUUGAAAAUACCAUGUUCACCUUGUGAUCACCGCAAUGAGAAAGUAAGCUUUGAACAAGCUCUCUGCUAUUCUUUGUGACAAGAAACCUCUACUUGUUGGAAACAUUCUGUAUUAUGCUUUGAUUGUUUUCUAAUUGUGCAUAACCAUUGACACAUGUCCAUUGUAUCAUGUUGAAGUUACCAACUAAUUAUAUAUUCAUUAUUCUUACUGAA